AUGUUUGAACCAUUCCCUCACCAAGACCUAUGUGCCUCUAGGUCCCUGAUCUUUGCCGCGAUACCAGCACUACUCACGGUAUUCCUCAACGUUGUUCGAGACCCACAGGACUCGUUCUCGACGGAUGACGCGAAACGCCUGGCCAUUACCGCGGGUAUCAUGGAGCGCGUUCUUCUAUCAGAUACGUCCGAGAAAGAAGAAUCCAGCGACAGUCCGACGGUCGACUUCGUGGCGGAACUCAAGUGGCUAGGGGAGUACGCCGCGAGCAACGCUCGAAUCACGGUAGAUGUGGGUCGAGUAUACCACAGUCAACCACUUUAA